AUGGCGGCUCGGCCUGGCCAAAUUCUCCUGCCUAUCGCUCUGGUGAUUGCAGGCACCGUGGUGGCAGGACUCUUUUGUCCUUGCACUCAGGGAUGCUGUGCCAAUGCCUGGUUUCAGUACAAAGAUGCUUGUUACCGACCAGUCACAGGCGACACUCACGACUGGAGUACAGUUAAGGAGAACUGUGAGAGAUUCGGUACCCAUCUAGCCUCUGUUCACAGCGACGACGAGCAAAGCUUCAUCUUUCACUUGAUGGGGCGACGGACACGUUACUGGAUUGGCGCAGAGGAAACUGAUGAUCCAGCAGCGCCCUGGAGAUGGACCGAUAACUCCACAUGGCGGUAUCUACUGGAUCGAUGCACCUAAGAGUUCUCAACACAUGUACGUCUGCAAAUACCUUCUGUAUUGAGGAUGCACCCCAGAGAAAAAGGAGAAUUGCAUUUGGUUUUAAGAAGCUAUUGUGUGCCUUUGCUUAGCGACUAUUAUUCCGGUAGCCGAAAUUGUUCUGGAGCAGAUAGAUGUCCAAAACAAUUGCUUUCAGAUCAUAGCCAACCGAAUAGUGAACUUUUGAGUUUCACAGUUAGGAAAAUGCUUCUGACCCGUAGAUAAUUUUUUGAAUUGUAAGGAGCAUUCUGAAGUGAAACAGUCCAGCAAUGAGUGUACUGUGUGCCUCUU